UUCGACCACUGGAAUGAGAGUGGCAGGACGCUGCGUUUGUGUGUGGGGGGCAUUGAGCAGGAGGCAGAGACACACACACACAGAAGAGGGGAGGGGGGGGCGUUAGCAACCUCGCUGCUAACUCUUCACAAGCACCACCAUCGGAUAUUGGCAUUGUGCACGGCGGAGCCAUGCUGGGCCCAUACUGCGAGGGCGGGCGGCCAGUGAGCGACGCGUGGGUGGACGGCGGCUUGUCCCCCUGUCUGUACCGCACGCUGUGCGGGGCUGUGCCGCCGGGCGCCCUGCUGCUGCUGGGCGCUGUGCAGGGCGUCCGCUUUGCCCGCCGUGCCGUGCUCAUGGAGCCCAAGUACGUGCCGCGGUCGCUGCUGCACCGCCUGCAAGUUCUGCUCACCGUCGCCAUGGCGGCACUCGCGGUGGCGUACGGCGCGUACCACGGCGCGACGGCACACGGCGGCGUCGUGGGCUCCGUCGUGGCGUACGCCACUCUGUCGGCGGUGGGCUGGGCGGCCUCGCUGGCGCUGCUGGGCCUUGAGAGGCGACGCGCGCUGCCGGGGGACCGCGUGCGUGGCCAUGGCGCCGCGCUGCUGGCGUUCUGGGGGCUGGCGUUCGCGGGAGACAUCGUCGCGUUCGUCUCGUGGAGCAGCUCGCUGUGGUGGUGGCGGCUCGACAGCAGCGAGCAGAAGGUUGACUUUGGGCUGUGGGUGUCGCGCUUCGUGUGCGGCCUGGCGCUCUUCGUCCUGGGACUGCGGGCGCCGGGGUUGCCCCCCCGACCCUACUCCGUGCUCAUCAAUGAGGGCGAGCGGGACGUGGAACAGGCGAGGCCCCUGCUGGGGGGCGCUGGCGCGGCGCGAGCGGCGCCGAACGCCUCCGCGUGGGUGGACUUCCGCAAGAAGGUGCGCCUGCUGGUGCCGUACAUGUGGCCGCGGGGCAGCGUGCGUCUGCAGCUCGCUGUGCUGCUCUGCCUGGUCAUGCUGGCGGGCGAGCGCGUCGUCAAUGUGUUCGUGCCGCUCUACUACAAGAACAUCGUCAAUGACCUCACGCAGGAGGCUCCCUGGAGUACCGUGGCCUGGACUGUGGUCACCUAUGUGGGGCUCAAGUUUCUGCAGGGCGGAGGGGCAGGCUCGUCCGGCUUCAUCAGCAACAUGCGCUCCUUCGUGUGGAUCCGCGUGCAGCAGUUCACGAACCGCGAGGUGCAGGUGCAGCUCUUUGAGCACCUGCACUCGCUGUCGCUGCGCUGGCACCUGGGCCGCAAGACGGGCGAGGUGCUGCGCAGCGUCGACCGCGGCACCAGCAGCAUCAACAGCCUGCUCAGCUACAUUGUGUUCAGCAUUUUGCCCACGAUCGUUGACAUCGUGAUCGCCAUCAUCUACUUCGUCACGUUCUUCAACGCCUGGUUCGGCCUCAUUGUCUUCGUCUGCAUGUGCGUCUAUCUCGGCAUCACGAUCGCGAUCACCGAGUGGAGGACAAAGUACCGGCGUGAGAUGAACACCAAAGAUAACCUAUCCAAGUCCAAGGCCGUGGACUCGCUGCUCAACUUCGAGACGGUGAAAUAUUACAAUGCUGAGAGCUAUGAAGUACAACGAUUCAACCAGACCAUUGUGGAAUAUCAGGAUGCCGAGUGGAAGACCAACGCUUCUCUGGCCGUGCUCAAUCAAGCGCAGAACGUGGUGAUCGCCCUGGGCCUAUUGGCCGGCUCCCUGCUCAGCGCCAACUUCGUUACCAACAAGAAGCUACAGGUGGGCGACUUUGUGCUGUUUGGAACGUACAUCAUUCAGCUCUACGUGCCUCUUAACUGGUUCGGAACGUAUUACAGGAUGAUCCAGAGCUCCUUUAUCGACAUGGAGAACAUGUUUGAGCUGUUUGGCGAGGAGAAAGAGGUGGUGGACGAUGUCAACGCGGUGAGUCUGCAUCUCUCCCAUGGCAACGUGGAAUUCGACAACGUCUCUUUCAACUACGUGAACGGGAGGGACAUCCUGAAGAAUGUAUCAUUUACUGUGCCUUCAGGAAAAACCAUCGCUCUGGUUGGUCCAUCGGGUGCGGGGAAGAGCACAGUCAUGCGUCUGCUAUUUCGGUUCUACGACGUCACAUCUGGAUGCAUCAGCAUUGAUGGUCAAGACAUCUCCAAGGUGAAGCAGAAGUCUCUGCGGCAGCACAUCGGGGUGGUGCCGCAGGACACUGUGCUCUUCAAUGACACGAUCCGCAACAACAUCCGCUACGGCCGCGUGACGGCGAGCGACGAGGAGGUGGAGGAGGCGGCGAGGGCCGCGGACAUUCACGACCGCAUCCUCUCCUUCCCGGAGGGCUACGACACGCAGUCGGGAGAGCGCGGCCUCAAGUUGAGCGGUGGGGAGAAGCAGCGCGUGGCCAUCGCACGCACCAUCCUCAAGGCCCCCGAACUCAUCCUGCUCGAUGAGGCGACGUCCGCUCUCGACACACAGACGGAGCGGAACAUCCAGGCCUCUCUGGCGAAGAUCUGUGCCAACAGAACCUCCGUGGUGAUAGCGCACAGACUCUCGACCAUCAUCAACGCAGACCAGAUACUUGUGCUGCAGGACGGCCAGAUUGUGGAGCGAGGGAGGCACGAUGAGCUUCUAACCAAAGGGGGCAUCUACACAGACAUGUGGAGCAAGCAGUCCCAAGAGGCCUCGUCCGAGUCCGACACGGAGACCAAGGACAAGAGCUCGGAGAAGCUGCAACCGGCGGGCAGCAACCCACAACGUGGCCACCACGCACACCACCACUGAGAGACAGACACCACGGGGCCUUGACACAGCCCCAUUCCAUCCCUGCCCGUGAGCAAGGGAGAAGCUCGCUGAUAGACAAGCCUGUCAAGCCGCCUGUGUGAUUGUCUCUACCUCCACACAACACGUGCGGAAACGCUCAUGGUUCCGUGUCGGCGCUGCCGAUGACACAUCUAGAGUUGAGCUCGCGAGCAAAACCUACCCGAAAAGAAGUGUGUGCUUCGGUGCAAGUUUAAGGUAUAUUUGCGUGUGUAUUGCGUGCGUGUGUGUGUUUGGUAGAUCGGUGCGCUUGAGCACAACCGAUGUUGUCUUCACUACUCUGAAGUGGAAUUAUUCUGUAUUUACGGAAGAGGAUCAAGAGUUGUAUAUGGUGAAAAUUGACAUGAUUCCCCACAGUCUGACAGUUAUUGGAUGUUGUGGAAGGACCUUAAGUGCAAAGAUCUGAUUAACAGCUUCUAGAGGGACAUUGGAAGAGAAUUUGAAAAGAGAACUGCAGCUCAAUGUAAACAAACUGCGAAAGAUUUUCAAUCGGCUUCUCCCCUCCAUGGUUGGCCCGGUCCCUGGAGUGGAGAGUUUGAUCGUGUGCUGUUCGUGUUUCUGAAUAUAUCUUUGCACAUUCUCUAAAGUUGUCAAUGUUUAAAGAGAAGAACACUUUUUUCCGUGUCACGUAGGUUUGAAUGAUUUGUUCUCAGGAUGUUCUGCACGCUUUAACAAUUGUUGUCGUACAUUUAUGCUUGCUGAUCUAUUUUUGUUUUGCAGCAAGCCGAUCGAUCUUUGUGUGUCAUAUCUGUAAACUUGUAUUCCAUAUCAGGCACAAAAAACAUGUUAUUGUAAGGGAAUUGCUGUUUCAGAAUGUUAAUCCGUAAAAGACUCUUAAUAGAAUACAUUUUUUACAUCAGAUAUCAGAACAUAUUUUGGUAAAAGAUAGUCUUUUUGAGGUUAGGCUCACUACUACUACUACAAUAAAUGGUCGUUUUUAAAAAAACAUCAAGUUUAUUUUCGUUAACGAGGUGCAAACUCAAAAGUCAUUUGCAAGGAUGACCUGGGUCACCAAGGUGACGAAAGUAAACGCAAACGCACACACAAAGUACAGCAAUGGAUCGACGCACUCUUCAAUGUUAUUUAAGGCCAUCAUCGAGCCGGUGCUCAUUGUGUAGCUGUGAUGUUGUGGAUAACAAGGGAUUCGUAACAUAAAUGUGUAUUGCAGAGUGUGACAAAUAUAUUGUAAAUAAUACGGGAUGUGAUCAUUGUUUUUUUACCCUUCUAUCUGGCAACAAAACUGAUACCUUUUUUACAAGGAGUCAUGUUUGCAUAGACCACAGUACCGAUACAGCUUUCGGGUGUGGACCAAUCAACUUCAAGGACAGUGCAUACAUUAUCAGAGUUAUGUUUUUUGUUUGCAUUAUGACUGCAGGUAUUGUGGUCUAUGCAAACAUGACUCCUUGUAAAAAAGGUGUCAGUUUUGUUGCCAGAUUGAAGGGUAAAAAACCAAUUAUCAUAUUUUUUACUGGCAAAUGAGGUUCCAAUGGUGUAAAUAUGGGAUGUGUUUCAGCUUUCUGAAAUCACCGGCUGGUGGCUCAUUGAGUUCACAAUGGCCAUUUUACUAUUUGUUAUUUUUACCACGUAAGGCCCGCUAAGCUAUUUAUAUCUUUGUUAGAAGUGACCUGGCCACAAAUGAUAGCUCAACGAAGUGGCUCAUCAUGUGGAAAUGUACAGCAGCCAAAUACUCUAAACGCUUGUUGUUUCUAAAUGUGGAGGGAAAAACCGGAGGACCCGGAGAAAAAUCCACGUGACCACGGGGAGUACAUGCAUACCAGGCGAGGGAGUUAACAUCCUGCCACCGCAGCAACCCAGAGCAAUGAGCCACCGGCACUGCUGAGAUCCUGGAUUGAAAUCCAGGCAACCACCUCUGAUUGCACUUGGUUCUCAAAUCUCGUGGUUAAUGGUCUCACAUGGUCACCUAGAAUUGAGCCAAUAUUCUUGGGGGAUAACUUUUAUGUGGGACUAGAGUAAAACCUUUGAUUGCGAGCAACUUGGUCUGUGAGUGUUUUGCAAGACGAGCAAAUUUUUUUAGUAAAUAUGAAUUUGAUAAACGAGCGAGGUCUUGCAAUACGAGGAGUACGUGUAUACGCUUUGUCUGCCGAGCGUCACGUGAUCACAACUGAUAUACGAGUGCUUUGAUAUACGAGUGCUUUGAAUUACAAACACGUUUCCAGAACGAAUUAUGCUCGCAAUCCAAGGUUUUACUGUAUUAGGUUAUGGACGUAUUUUUAACCGUUGUCACCGCUGCAAAUUAAGCCUCACCUUUGUGUUUGCUUUAAGAGAAUAUUUGUGCCGUGUUAUCUGUGGCAAAUGACUGUAAAGAGCGAGUUAUCGCAUCAUACGUUGGCUUAGUAGGCACAAUUGAUAUACUGGUGUGCAUACAACUUAUUAUGUAGAAGGCUGCUGUAGCACCUGAAUAUUUCUACUUAAUGAAGACCAUCUUUGUUUCUAUCGAGUCUUAAUUAAUAUUAAUGUUCUAGAUUUGAAGCUUUCGUGACUGCAAGGAUUCAUACUCUUAGGUUUUUUGCGGUAAAGUCACAUAGGUACAAAUUUUUUUAUUUUUUAGCUACGUGACUUUACCGGAAAAAACCUUAGAGUACAUUUUAAUGUCAUUCACAAAUGUAAUGGAUGUGCACCUGUCACAACCAUUUGCUUUUGUGUGAAAAUAAUAGCUUUCGAUCGCUCUAUCUCACACAAUUCAGGUGGCGUGCUUGUCCUUGACACAAUGUGAAAUGUAAUUUGAUGAGGAUUUAGUUUUCAAAGGUUACAAAUAUACUGACACUAAAAACACAAGAAUGCAUAAACUCUCAAGCUGAAUAUUAUUAAGACCAAAGGAAAUGCACUUCAAUGCAUGUAUUUUUUUACAUUUCAAUCUGACAUGGAUUGUGUGUACGUUGUACGUAUAUUAAACUUAUUUCGCACCGUA